CGACAGUAGCUAACAUGACUAGCGAACGGGUACCGCCAGCUUCAACUCCAGCAACAAUGCCGCGAAAGCGCGCUCAAAGAUGGCGUCCGUUGCGGCAUACAGCCAAGUUAUCUUUGACAUUACACCCGCCAAGAGCUCGACUAGCAGCAACGGUGUGGAUGUGCCAACACCGCCCGCAACUUUGUCAACGAGCAGCAAGUCAACAGGCAGUAGUGGUUCGAUGCAGCACAGCCGACUUUCGAGCUACGUCAAGGAUAAGCCGGAUCUGACGCCCAUCAAUGCUGUGCCUAGCCUCACACCCUCGAAUUCUCUUGGUAUGGAUGAGUUCUAUGGCAGUGUACCCAAAGGCUCGCUUGGUGUCAUUUCAAGCUCCGUACCUACCAACUUUUCAACAAGUGCAGGCGGUACUGUCUGGUCGCCUACAUCGCCGCGCUUUGCGUCUGUCGGUGGUGAUUUGGCCAAGUCGCCGCCUACAGGGUUUAGUAUGCUGCCACCACCGACGGCCAAGGAAGAUGACGCCUGGUCACGCUCGACCACCGCCACUCGAUUUGCUGGAUUGAGCUUGAGUGGUGGUCCUCCUGAUCUUGCGCGAGGGACUGCCGAUCGCAAUGGUGCACAAGGCGGUAUGAGUCCCAUUUUGAGUCAUGGAUUCCCUUCUAUUGACAAAUCGCUUGGAUCGCCUCAUUUGAAUGGCAAUGCACCACCUUUCGCUGGCACUUAUCAGCAUGCUGGCAUAGGAUUCAAUCCUGCUUCUGCAAAGCAACACGCUGGCAUGACGAACAAUGCGUAUGCAGCUAUGAAUCCUACCGCUACCGGCUUCGUGGUUGGUAAUCGACUCGGUCCUGCCUUCAUCAACACCAAUCCAGCUGAUCAGAAUCCGCCCUGCAAUACGCUCUAUGUGGGCAAUUUGCCACUCGCAACAACGGAGGAAGAACUCAAGAGUUUGUUUUCUCGUCAGCAGGGGUACCGACGUCUCUGCUACCGCACCAAAUCGAAUGGACCUAUGUGCUUUGUGGAAUUUGAGGAUGUUCAUUAUGCCAUUCAAGCACUCAAGCUGUUGCAAGGUGUUAUCUUGAGUAGCAGUAUCAAAGGAGGCAUUCGUCUCAGUUUCAGCAAGAAUCCACUGGGUGUGCGGAAGAUGGAUGCAGGACAAGGGUUUGUGCCUCAACAGCAAUCGCAACAACAGCAACAUCAUCACCAUCAUCAUUCACAUACAUUGCAACAACAUCAGCAGCAUGGUCAAUCGGGUGCAUUGAUGGGACAGCAUGCGCAUAUGGGCGCUCCGGGACAUCUUCUGAAUAAUGGAUAUGCACCACUUGCACCGCCUGGUCUGGCGUCAUCAAAUGGACACACUACAAGUCAUGCUAGUCAGCAACCACCCAUCGGUGUGUUUGGACACGGUAUGCCACCGGCUCAGCAUCAGGCUCAAUCCUCCCAAGCUCCAGUCUGGCGUUGAUUCCACUAUUCUCCAGCGCAAUGACACCAUCUCUCUUAUCUAUUGGCAUGAACAGUACUGUUUUAUUUCAUCAUUUUCCCGCUAUUUCAUCAUUCAACACACACGACCAUGCAACAGCACAGAGCACACAGGGUUGCUCACGGCAU